UUCAUUGCCGGUCAGUGUACAUGACAGUUUCUUCUAUAGCUUAUCCUAAGCUAUAUUCAAUAGCUUCUUUAAUAAUUUUGCCGAUGUUUAUAGCUCCUGUAAUUUACCGUAAUAUAACCUCCAAUGUUUUAUCGGCUCUGCUUGAAUCUGUGCGAGCGGUCUUUGUAUCGCGCUUCGAGUGGCAUUAGAUUUCAGUUUAUCAGAUCAAAUCAUAUUCCACGUAAAAAUGAAGAGCAACAAAAGGUGGAACCUCUUAUUUCAACGAAAUAUCCUGAUUAUAAAGUAAUCUAUAUUUUUCCAUAUAUUAAAUAUGCCGGUAAUAUAAAUGUUAUAAAGAAGCGAUUCACUAUUUUGAUCGGAGCAGCUAUACCUGCGACCAUUUGUCUUCAAUUGACCAAUAUAGUGUCAUUUAAUAUGGGUGCUGGAAUUAUAAUAAAUGGAAUUCUGUUCACCCUAUGGCUACACAGUUUCGGCAUUUUUUGCAAUAAUCUUGUAGGAUACAUAUAUUUGAAGCAGGAUAACUCAAGAAUUAUACUGUCUUAUGUAAACUACUGGGGAAAGAGAACAGACUUGGAGAGUCCUGUCAAUGACGUCAUCCCUAUGUCAGACAAUCCACGCAGAAUCACUGAUUUUCUUUUCAAGAAAAUAACGUUUUUAUCAAGAAAAGAAACCCUAAAGUUAAACAUGAAGUUUGGACUAAUAACUCAUGACAAUUUUAAAUAUAUUUUAGGAACGCAUUAAGCAAUUCUCACACAUGUAUAUACUCUACUGACAGAAAGUCGACAUUUGCGUUUAACAAGCAAUUAUUUUAUUUAUGAACAUUUGUUAUAAGAACUUAUAUUUGUUUGCCUACAUCCAUCUAAAAUGUGCAUAGGCCCGAUUGGCUUGGCAUUUUUUAUGUAGUUCUUUCUUCUGUCCAACUGCACGACCCUGUAACGAUACCUACCAUUGUAUAUAACGAUACACAUUGUACUGUACAACAUGUUGUAUAUAUAAAUAAUAAUUAAACGAUUAUUAAAACCA